GAUAACCCUGGACCGAAACCUGGUAGACCCUUAGGCGCCUGCGACUCUGCCUCCGCUAGAAAGGAUUAAUUCAGAUCCUUCCUCUCAUGUAGGUUCUAAUCUCACUCUUCUAUUCUCUUCUCGUGAGUUGAUCUCUCUGCCUAUUAACCUUCGCUUCAACAUCGCUUCGUUCGUUUUUUAUCCGUAUCCAUAUACAAUAAUACAGUGCUCCGUGGCAGGCCACAGCAUCCGACGAUCAGUAAUAAUUUGCCUCUUGCUUAAACCCCUUAACGACAAGAUGCCUUCCACCAUGUUCCGAACAUCGUUCAAGUUCCUCGUGCUCCUAUUGUCUAUCUGCAACAUCGCAGUAGCCCAAGCCGAAGUCUUGGAUGCUUUAGUACCCCGACAAAGCCCAAGCGCAGCCGCCGCAGCUUCGCCCAUCUGCCAGAACUAUGCGAGAGUAGCCAACCUUUCUACCGUCGGAUUGAACUCAACCUAUCGCGCCGCCUUCUUGCGCUCUUCCAACCUAGGAACCUUCGACGCUCGCGCUAUCCUAGAUGUCGAAUCACCGAAGUUGAUGGGAAUGAUGAUGGACGUACAGCUAAACCAACAAUGUGGAAACCUUUCGCAGAUUGCUAUGGACGGAGCUGCCGCCAACCUUACCGCCGGCACUGUUCUUGGCCUACCGAUCGCAGAUGCUCCCGGCAUUGCCGUCGACGCUGUUGCUAUGCCCAUCGUUCAGGUCUCCAUCUUCUUGAUCUUCUGCGGAACGUGGUUAUCUUUGUAAACGGACAAGACGUGGGGUUUUGGCGAGAGAAGACAUCUCGCUUAUUGAGGAAUAGAAGUGGCUUGAAGAGCCCUCACUACCUAGUUGGUUAUA